CCGCGCCGCCGCGUGGACGUUGGCAGCUCGGCAGCCGUUGGCACAGUGUAGCGUGUAGCACAGUGCCACACAGUGCGCCCGUCCCGUCCAGUUCCGCCGUUCCGCACGACGGGCGCGCCGAUCGCCUCGCCUCCAAGACUCCAAGUGCGCCGCCGUCCCCCGCGCCGCGCCGCCGCUCCAGGAUGGCGACCAUGACGACGUUCCUCAGCGCCGCCCCGCGGACGCUGCUGCCGCUGCUGCUGCUGUGCUCCGCCGCGAGCCGCACCGCCGGACAAGGCCUGACGGAGUCCCUCCUGCUGUCGCUGGUGCACGAGGUGACGGGCGGCGCGUACGAGCCGCCGGACCGCGGCGUGCCGCUGCCGCAGUACGACUUCGUGGUGGUGGGCGCGGGCACGGCGGGCUGCGCCCUGGCCGCGCGCCUCACCGAGGUGGCCGGCUGGAGCGUGCUGCUGGUGGAGGCGGGCGGCCGCGAGAACUUCGCCAUGGACAUCCCCAUCGUGGCCAACAUGCUGCAGUUCAGCGAGGCCAACUGGAAGUACCGCACCCAGCCCUCCGACAAGGCCUGCCUGGGCAUGAGCGGCCACCGCUGCAACUACCCCAGGGGAAAGGUGAUGGGCGGCUCCAGCGUGCUCAACUACAUGAUCUACAACCGCGGCCACCCUAACGACUACGACAACUGGGAGCGCAUGGGCAGCGAGGGCUGGGCCUUCAAGGACGUGCUGCCGUACUUCAAGAAGCUGGAGAACAUGAUGGUGCCGGAGCUGCGCGGCGACUCGCGGUGGCACCACCGCGACGGCCCCGUGAGCGUGUCGCGGCUGCCCUGGAACACGCCGCUGGGCAAGGCCUUCGUGGACGCGGGGCUGGAGCGCGGCAUGCCGCUCGUGGACUACAACGGCGCGCAGCAGGUCGGCAUCGCGCCGCUGCAGGUGACCUUGAACAACGGCAGCCGGUGGAGCUCGAACCGCGCCUACCUGUCGCCGCUGCGGGGGCGCAACGGGCCGUCGGCGGGCCGCGGCGUGCUGCACGUGCUGAAGCGCGCGCAGGUGACGCGCGUGCUCAUCAAGAACCAGGAGGCCGAGGGCGUGGAGCUGGUGCGCGGCGGCCGCCGCUUCACGGUGCGCGCGCGCAGGGAGGUGAUCCUGGCGGCCGGCGCCAUCAACUCCCCCCAGCUGCUGAUGCUGUCCGGGAUCGGGCCGCGCCAGCACCUUCAGGACGUGGGCAUCCCCGUGGUGGCCGACUUGCCAGUGGGCUACAACCUCAUGGACCACGUGUCGGCGGGGGCGGUCAUCUUCCUCGUCAACGACACCGUCUCCAUCAGGACGGAGCGCGUCACCUCCUCGCAGAAGGACCUCAUCGACUACUUCUCGCACAACACCGGGCCGCUCACCAUCCCCGGCGGCUGCGAGUCCGUGGCCUUCCUGGCGCUGGACGGCAACACCAGCGGCUGGCCCGACCUGGAGCUGCUCUUCGUGUCCGGCUCCCUCACUUCGGACGUCACCUUGAAGGACGGUUUCGGCCUCGAUCGGAAGCUGUACCAGCAGGUGUUCGGGCGCGUGGAGCAGCUGGACUCGUGGAUGCCGCUGCCGAUGCUACUGCGUCCCAAGAGCAAGGGGCGAGUGAUGCUGCGCGACCGCAACCCGCUGCGCAAGCCGCUCAUCUUCCACAACUACUUCGACCACCCGGAGGACCUGGACACGCUGGUGGACGGCGUGCUGGAGUCCAUCAAGAUGUCCAACACGCGCGCCUUCCAGCGCUUCGGGUCGCGGCUGCACGACACCCCGAUCCCGGCGUGCCGCCACCACGGCUUCGGCUCGCGCGACUACUGGCGCUGCCACAUCCGCCACUUCCCCUUCACCAUCUACCACCAGAGCGGGACGUGCCGCAUGGGCCGCCGCGGCGACCCGCUGGCCGUGCUGGACCCGCGUCUCCGCGUGCAGGGCGUCGGCAGGCUGCGCGUCGUGGACGCCUCCGUCAUGCCCAUGAUCCCCGCCGCGCACACCAACGCGCCCACCUACAUGAUCGCCGAGAAGGCGGCCGACAUGAUCAAGGAGGACAACGGCGUGGCGCCGCCCGCCAGGCCCAGCAAGUAGGCGGUGGCCGUCAGUGCCAGGCCACUGUCACGCGGCUGCUUGCGACCGAAACCGCGAACGUCACGGGCCGAGACGCAGGCGCGGAGCCAGGAUUUUCCUCCAGAGGGGUCAAGCAGUGCUUUUUGCCUACUUUUGACAGGGGCAAAGCAGUGCCUGUAGCCUGCCUUGUGGCCUACGUAGUACUGAAAAAAGGGGGAUCACUUACCCCUCAUUGCCAACCCCUUGGAUCUGCGCCUGGAGACAGGCCUCUGGACAUUUGCUUCACUCGAAAGGACGCUCCUAAGUUAAAAAGGAUAAGUUUGAAAACCUGUGAAAAUUCACGUGGAUCAUUGCAUCUUUGAUGCUCCACUUCUCUAACGUAGUGUAACGUGCCAUCGGUGUCCACGGUGGGCGCUUGGAGAAGAAUAUUUCUUUUUAGUACAAAGACACAAAAACGAGAACAGUUUCACCAAAUCUAUUUAAUGAAAGUAUACGUACCACUUCUCUGGGGACGUUUUGUCUUGUUCCCUAUUUUUGCAAGAGACUGGUCAUGUGUAGACUGAUUUCAACUCUCUCUCCUCUCUGCUGUUGCCAUUGCUCGCAUGAUCAACAUUCAUUUUUAUCCAGUGUUAAGCAGUAUGCCUGGCCCCUUUCAAUGUUCUCUUAGGUCUUCCCAUCAAGUUUUACUAACUUAAUGGAGAUACUCUGAUAUAUUUUUUGCAUACAUUUUAGUGGUUUUCUUCUCCCCUCUUGACCACGACUGCUCUUUUGUAUUUGUUGACUCCAUUUUACCCAUUAUUUAUGUUUGUACUUCUUGCUCUCACAUUGAUGACGUUAAUCAAUAAUUGUGACCAUGAGGCAGAUAUUGAUGCUCAAGAGUUCUUUUAAUAUUAUUUUGUUGUAUCUUGUCCUCAUCUUGUUCUUCUAUUCAUGCCAUACUGUUACUAGUGGAGCCUAUCAUACACCAUGAAUAAUUGUGAUAUUUCCUGUAACUUAUUAUUAAUCUUAGAUUUGUUCCUAUUGGACGAUUACUGCUAGGGUCUUUAUAGCAGUCAGUUUUGCCCUCGUGGGGCAUUCACAAGAUUUCUGUUUUCUAUAAUUUCUGUGAUUUUAAGUUAGACCUAGUAAUAGUGCGAUAUCUUUCUUUUUAAGUAACUCGAUAUAAAAUCUUUAACUAUUCAAUGAUUGGAAAUAUAGAAGCAUCAUUAUGAAUUUGAUUUGAUUUCGAUUGGCUGAGGUAACUUUAAGACAAUAAGAGAAAGAAAGAGAUUGAACCCUGUGAACUCGCAUAGGAAAACUUAAAUAAAUGUCAACGUAUUUGCCCAUUCAGGA